AUGGCUACAACAACCAUCCAAACGAAGCACUUGGGGCAGAUCCGGGGUAAGACCGCCGAAGGCGUAACACAGUUUCUGGGGAUCAAGUACGCCACUCUGGAAGAUAGACUUGCCGACGCGCAACUUGUGGAGAAGCACGAUGGCGGUAUCGUCGAUGCGACAAAGGACGGGCCGACAGCUAUCUCACCUUCGUUCGGAUGUGAUGUAGAGCAGGCCGCCAUACAGCAUACCCUGCCCCAGAAAGAGCUCCCGCAGUCGGAUAUCGACUGUCUCAAUUUAAACAUUGCUGUCCCUGAAGGCACAACCGCAUCUUCGAAACUUCCAGUGUUCUUCUUUAUUCAUGGUGGUGGUCUACAGAUCGGGGCCAAUUCAUGGCCGCAACUUGAGUUUAUGCGUUUUGUAAAACUGUCAGCUGACAAGAAUUUGCCCGUUAUCGCGGUCUCGAUCAACUAUCGGUUAGGGGUGUUUGGAUUCUUGACUUCCGAUGAGCUUCGAAAGGUUGGCUAUAAAUCUAACAACGGCCUCCGGGACCAAAGAGUCGCACUUGAAUGGGUGCGGAGACAUAUUGCAGAUUUUGGCGGAGAUCCAGAAAAUGUUACAGCGGCUGGAGAAAGCGCUGGUGCAGCAUCGGUGACAUAUCACCUGGACUCCAAAGUUUCUCUUUUUAAGAGAGCUAUUGCGAUGAGCGGCAGUUACCUCUUCACCCAAGCUUUGCCAUAUGGUAUUCAUGAGCAGAAUUAUCAACAAGUUAUAUCGGUACUGGGUUUGGAAAAUACGAGCACAGAAGAGAGAAUUCAGACUCUGUUAGAAAAGCCAGCACAAGAGCUGAUUGCUAAAUUGCCUCCCUCGGUUUUGGCUGCCCCCGCUAUAGACGGCGACCUGGUAGCAUCGGCCGCUACACAUGCUCAAACAGCUGAUAGAACAUCUGAAUUCACAAAGAGAGGAAACUGGUGCACUGAGUUGAUAAUUGGCGACUGUCAGAUGGAUGCGAGUAUUGUGGGGUUAAUCAUGCCAAACCUGAAGAAAAACUGUGCAGAGAAAUUUACCAUGGCAAUAAACAAGGUACUAUCAUCGCAACCGGAUGUGGCACAACUUAUCCUAGGCGAAUAUGGUAUCAGCAAGGGUAUGCCCGACGACGAGGCGUUACCUGCAGUACUUAAUUACGUCAAUGAUAUCUGUUUCUUUGCACCUGUUCUGACUCUCACACGGGGUUGGAGGGGGAACUCUCACGUUUAUUAUUUCAACGAAGGGAACCCCUGGGAGGGCCCAUGGCAAGGAAAGGCAACUCACAUUCUUGACGUUGCUUAUCUAACCCAAAACUUUCAAGAGUUCAUGACACCCUCCCAGCAGCUUGUUGCCACCGCAUUUGCAGAAGACUUCUUCAAGUUCUGUCAUGGCACCAGCCCGUGGCCUGCAGUCACAAACGGUGAUAUUACCACCGAUUUUACGGCUAGGUGUAUGGGCCCAGCUCUGAAGGGCAUGGUGUUGGGCAAGUGA